AUGUCUCGGUUUACAGGAGACACCGAGACACCUGCAAUCAACGUCUUGUCUUGGUUUCUUCUAGUAAUUUCAAUUCUUGGUGUCCUUACACGAUUGGGAACGAAGCUAUGGAUAUUUCGCAAAUUUACCAAUGACGACUAUAUGAUCAUCCUAUCUGCUGUAUUUAAUAUUUUUCAAGGAGUAGCCCUAUCUAUCGCUACUGGGCACGGUUAUGGUUUUCAUAUGGACAAACUAACCGAUGCUCAAUUAACUGCGAUCAUGAAGAGUCAAUAUGCUCAACAAAUAUUGACCAUCGCGAGUCUAGCUUCUUCCAAAAGCUCGUUUAUCAUGUUCGUCAAGAGCAUUACAGCCGUUCCAAUUGACCAUAAGAUUGCUUGGGGCUUACUGAUUAGCAUGGCCACAUGGGCUUUUGUGAGCAUUAUCACCGUGGCCUUUGGGUGUCAACCUCCGCGCACAUGGGAUUAUCUAGAUGGAAAAUGCUACAAUAUGCAAGCAUGGGAGAACUUUUUCAGCGCAUCGAAUAUUGCCACCGAACUGGCCAUUAUAGCCUAUACCUUUAUUAUAAUUGCACGAAUUCAUACGAGACUUGGGCGGAAACUAGGAAUUGCUAGUGUGUUUGGCCUCAGGAUUUUGGUCAUUGGUGCUAUAAUAGCACAAACUGUCCUCCUCAACCGCGCCUUCAAAAGCUCUGAUCUCACGCACGCAACGUGGGCUGCCACUAUUGCGACCCAGACCACCCUCUGUUUAAGCAUCCUCACCGCCUGCUCAGCUCAAUUCAAGCCAUUCCUCGACAGCCUUCAAUCAUCAGGAAUGCGGCUAGAUGCGUUGACAACACACUCGCACGGCCAAUCACACAAAUUUCACAAUUACGCAUAUCACAGUGGCUCACAUAUGGGAUCGAAGAUAGUCUCUAUCAACUUACGCGGCUUGACUUCACGCGGAAAGAUUCAUGCACACAAUAGCCAUGGCCCUCACGUCCAGACGGUUGUGACAGCAGAUCCAAUGAACUCGCCGGACUGGGAUGGUGCGAGCCAGACAAGCCAGUCGCGUAUUAUACGAGAAACGAGGACUUGGGCAGUGACUGAGGAGCGUCAUGAAGAUGUUUCUGAACAAGACGACAACAAUGCUUGA